GCCACUCCCCACCAUCUCCCUCUUUUCAAACAAUUUCGGUUCACAAACGCCGUCCAUUCUCCCAUCCCAUUCCUAUGAGGCCUGUUUUGCUGCCAUAGCCUUUUUUUUUUCUCUUCAGAUGAUGUGUAUUUUUUUGGUGUCCUCUUAAUUUUGUAGUAAUCUAACUGAGUUGCCAUGAAAGCAAACGUGCACAGAAAGGAAAAUAUAGCUCCACCACCUGGCAGGAACAUUGUAGCAACAAGUAAAGUGAAAAAGGGCACAACCGCACAAAAAAGGUCCGCACGAAAAGCAUCAGGUGUUUUGUCUGUUAGUGCUACAGAAGUUGUCAAUAGGCAGCUUUCAGUUAGUGAAGGGUGUAUAGGAACUAAAAAAGAAGUUGAUCCCUUGACAAAGAUAAAGCUGCAGCUUUUUCCAGUUGAUGAAGUUACUAGAAUUGGAUUAGAGAAGGAUGGUCUUAAUCCAUUCCUCGAACUCACACUCAAAGCUAGGAAGAAGAUAUCUUCUGUCAUCAAACACAUCCAUACAAAAUGGGGUGGCUCCCACAUAGCUGUAGGAGAGCCAAUGCUUUUGCCUUAUGAUACGCACCUUAGACAUUCACCUAUGAGCAGAAGAUGGACGUCAAAAGACUCCAGUAUUAGUGCAGGAGAUGUUUAUAUGGCUGUACAAAGUCCUGCUAUAUUUCGCUUAAGUUACGGGUGGUUCUCUGAUCACCAGCCUGAAAGAGUUUCUGCAACAACUGAUGUGCAUAAUUGCAUAAAAUCUGAUGGCAUACACAAAUCGAUCUCAGAAGAUAGGAACUGUGUAGAUGCAACAGCUCAAGUAGCUGUGACUGCGCCUCUGGUAAAUGAUACUGAAGUCAAGAUUGGUCAAAGCCAGGAAUCGUCACGGUUAAUGGAUGAUAACAUGACCGAUUUGACAAUGGGGGGACUUUUUACGUUAGAGGGAAACAAUGAUACUGAAGUCAAGACUGGUCAAAGUCAAGAUUGGUCAAAGCCAUCCACUGACAUAAGCAUUGGAGGCUUGCUUUCUGAGGCAUCGUUACAGGGAAAACUUAAUCAUCAAGCAGCAAUUCCAGCUCCGGUUACAUGGGAUGAUAAUUUAACCGUUUUAAGCAUUGGUGGACUUCUAUCAGAAGCAUCUUUGCAGGCCAAGAUUAAUAACAACAAAUCUGAUGGGGGAUUUAUUUCUGAUUCACUUGAUGCCAUGGUCUCUUCACACGUAAAAACCAAUUGCUCUUCUAUAUUGGAUGCUGAAGAGACAUGUCAUGCAUUUGCCUUCAGGAAGUUCUCUUCAUCCACCAAAAACAUUCGUGUUACUGCAAGAUCUACUCAAGAUUCGACUUCAAACCCAUUCAGAUUUCCUCAUCUUCCAGAGCAGCAGGCUGAAAAUGCUUGUGGACCUCAACAAUUUGGUGAAGACAGCAGAAGUCUUGGAUUAAGAGGGAUAACCUGGAAUGAGUCGUUGGGUCCAUUUGAUCUUGGCAACUCCAUGCCGUGGAAGGUUUUUGGUGGUGGUAACGUUUGAUUGCUUCAUCUUCUUCUGCAAGUAGAUUAUGGGAAAUUAAGGGUGUAUAAAGUUGAUUCAUGGGAUUUGUUAUACAAGUUUUGUUAAUGAUUUUAGCCAACUCUUAUAAAUCACUUUUAGCAGAUAUUUUUAUUUGAACUAUGUGUGUCAAUCAAA